AGUUAGGUGUUUUGUGUGUGGAAAGACGACUCUCAGACAAUCCAGACCUUCCGCCCCAACGACGACGACCCAGACGAACUAACACCACAGCAGCCAUGGGUAUCGAUCUUGACCACAGGAGGCCUACGCACCACCGCAAGGCUGCCAAGAGCGACAAUGUGUACAUCAAGCUCCUCGUGAAGCUGUACCGCUUCCUCGCCCGUCGUACCGAUAGCAGCUUCAACAAGGUCAUCCUCCGUCGGCUCUUCAUGUCGAAGAUGAACCGUCCCCCGGUGUCGCUGUCCAAGAUCGCGCGCUUCGCCGCCAACCCCAAGGUCAACGAGAAGACACCCAAGAACGCCGAGCGGACCGUUGUCAUUGUCGGUACCGUCACCGACGACAACCGUCUCCUCACCACCCCCAAGGUGUCGGUUGCUGCUCUCCGUUUCACCGCCACUGCGCGUGCCCGUAUUGAGGCCGCUGGAGGCGAGUGCAUCACUCUUGACCAGCUCGCUCUGAGGAGCCCCACCGGUGCCAACACCCUGUUGCUCCGCGGACCCAAGAACUCCCGGGAAUCCGUCAAGCACUUCGGAAUGGGCCCCCACAAGCACAAGAAGCCAUACGUCGAGUCCAAGGGCCGCAAGUUCGAGCGCGCUCGUGGUCGCCGCAACAGCAGAGGUUUCAAGGUGUAAUCUACAUGUUUGGGAUAAAAGUCAUUUCGUGUGGGGACUUCGUUUUUUUCUUUUAUUUUCGGUGACCUUUCGCAAUGAUAAUCAAACUCCGACCAUGACGAGAUUAUUGAAACUUCAAUACCCUCUGUCUGCAAUAUGUGACAGAAUUGGCGCGAGGGUUCAGUUCAUGUCCCGAGCCGUUUGUGUUGGCCGUCAAUCUUGCGUUUAUCGGCCAUCAGCCUCUACCACCUCCAUAGUACAAUCGAUAUCAUCCGAAUCGAGUAGGAGCACGUCUCGAACGUAAGCCAAGCAUAAUGAGGAUGGGCAUAAUCUUUUCCGUCGGCCAUCUCUUGGGACCAUUCCGUGAGCCGGUUUGAGCGAGAUGCUAUACAAGGCGAGCUGGCGUAUGAAAUCAGCCCAUGAGAUGAGCCGU